AUGAUCACAUUCGUUCCGCUUUCGGUGCCCUACGCCGCCGCGGCGGGCUCCGAGACGAGCGUCCGCACCAAGCUCGAUCCCGAUGCUGGUUCACAGCCGCAGGAGGAGGAGCAUCCGCGCGCACUCGCAUAUCUGCUCCAGAUGGACGAUGUGCGCGUGCUCAUCGACUGCGGAUCGCCCGAAGACUUCUUCUUCUCCGGUGCAUCCGAACUCGACCUGCCUUCUUCGCACGCAUCGGGCUCAUCCGACGACCAAGCCGAAUCGUCGUCCAUGGCGCAGCAGCGCGACUCCGACCCAGCCUUGCUCGACCUCAGCCAGCUCAAAGCAGCUCCGCUCGAUACGUUGCUGCGCGAGCUGGCGCCCACCAUCGACCUCGUCCUUCUCUCGCAUUCUUCGCUCGACCAUCUCGGCCUCUAUGCGUACGCCUACGCCAAGCUUGGCCUCCGCUGCCUCGUGUAUGCGACCAUGCCCGUGCAGAGCAUGGGCAAACUCACCGUCCUCGAGGCAACACAGACUUGGAGAAACGAAGUCGACAUCGACGCCGAAGAGGCUGCCUCCAACAAAGCCGGCUCCCUCCCCUCCAAGCGAAGAUGCCUCGCUACUACGGCCGAAAUCGAAGACGCCUUCGAACACAUCAAGACGGUACGAUACAUGCAGCCCACCCAUCUCGAAGGCAAGUGUGCCAGUCUUACACUCACUGCGUACAAUGCUGGACACUCGCUCGGAGGCGCCAUCUGGAAGAUCCGCAGCCCCACCUCGGGCACCGUCGUCGUCGCGCUCGACUGGAACCACAAUCGCGAACGCCAUCUCGAUGGCACCAUCCUCCUCUCCUCUUCCGCAGCUGGCCCUGGCAUGUCAUCGUCUGGCAGCGGAGCAGAUGCCGUUCGUCGGCCGGACCUGCUCAUCACCGAGAUCGAGCGCGGCCUCGUGGUCAACACUCGCAGAAAGGAUCGCGAUGCGGCGCUCAUCGAUCUCGUGCACAAGACCAUCCAAUCCGGACAUUCCGUCCUCUUCCCUAUCGACGCCUCGGCGCGUCUGCUCGAGCUCAUGGUGCUGCUCGACCAGCACUGGGCCUAUGCAUACCCGCACGCCCGCUUCCCGCUCUGCCUCAUCAGCCGCACGGGCAAGGAAGUCAUUGAGCGUUCGCGCACCUACAUGGAGUGGAUGACGCGCGAGUGGGCCACAAAGGCAAACGAGACUAUCGAAGCCGACAAGGAUCGUCAGCCCGAUGCGCAUCGCGCCGGACGAGGUGCCCGCAAUGCUGCUGCUUCCUCGCCCCUCGACUUCAAGUACGUCCGCGUCUUCGCCUCGCUCCAACAGAUGGACGAGGCGAUCCCGCAGGAUCAGGCAAGGGUCGUGCUCGCCGUGCCACCCUCCAUGACCCAUGGCCCGUCGCGUCGCCUGCUGGCCCGAUUCGCACGCAACCCAAACGACGCCAUCGUUCUCAUCUCGCGCGGCGAGCCCGGCUCACUCUGCCGCCAACUCUGGGACGCCUGGAACCAGCGCCAGCCCAAGGGAUUCUCUUGGACCAAGGGCAAGCUCGGCGAGGUCGUGUCGGGCGAGGCCACUGUGAGGUAUGAGCUCCAGAGCAAAGUGCCUCUCGAAGGCGAGGAGCUGCGUCUGCAUCUCGAGUCGGAACAAGUCGAGCGGGAUCGACUCGCGCAGCAGAGGGCGCUGCUCGCACGAUCCCGACGUAGGCUCGAGGCCGACGAAGACGAUUCGUCCGACUCGGACAGCGACUCGGACGGAGGCCAGGGCGAGGGCGAGGACAUUUACGACGUUGCACGCUCGGGCGCAGCAGAACCCGGCGGAGAACUCAUCCGCAAACGCCCCUACGGCACCGCAUUUGCCGAAAGCGGCGGCGUCGGCGGCGGUGCAAAUGCCGCGGGCGCGGGUCAGGGUGCCGAUACGAACCAGCUCUCGUUCGACAUCUACCUCAAGGGCAACGCCAGCCGCGCCACGUCGUUCUUCGGCUCCAAGGCCGGCCAAGAGGGUCCAUUCGGGCUGGGUGUGCGCUACCGUCUGUUCCCCGCCAUCGAGCGCAAGAGACUCGUCGACGGAUUCGGCGAGGUAGUCGAUGUGGCGCGCUGGCUCUCGCGACGGCGCGCGCUCGAGGCGGCCGAAUCGGCGGCGGCGGACCCGCUCUCGGCCUCGCCCGAAUCGGCCGCACUCGCAGCCGAAGCGAACCGCAAGAAGCUGCUCGAAGACGAGGCAAAGGCGCAGGCGGCAGUACCGUCCAAGUUUGUGAGCGAGCUUAUCGAGAUCGUGCUCGCAUGCCGCAUCGCGUUCGUCGAGAUGAGCGGCCUCAACGACGGCCGUGCCCUCAAGACGCUCAUUCCGCAGCUGCAUCCGCGCCGGCUCAUCAUGGUCAACGGCGACGCGCCCACGCGCGCCGACAUGCGCUCGGUGCUGCAGGCGAUCAAGACGCUCACGCACGACGUGCACGCUCCGGCCUGGAUGCAGCACGUGCAGAUCGGCGAGGUCACCAAUGCCUACACGCUCACGCUCGGCGAGGGACUCUUGGCGCAGCUCGAAAUGAGCCGAUUCGAGGAGUUUGAGGUCGCGCAUGUGCGUGCGCUCGUCAAGGCGGCGGGCGAUGCUGUCGCCGGCGCACCCGUGCUCGAGACCGAAGCGAGCCUCGCGGAGGACGCAGAAGAGGGGAGCGAGCAGGUCCAGGCACGGGCACUCAUGGAGCUUGCUGACGAGCACGUCCUCCGCUCUGUCGUCCACGACACAACCGAAGCCGAAGCUGAAGCCGAGGCUGAGACCGAUGGCGACGUUGAGCCGGCAAGCAAUCGGGCCGCACUGGCGUUGGUUCAGCGCGGCGUGCAUGCCGGACGGCUGGACUCGGCCGCGUCCGCAUCGUCAGCCAAGCUGCCGGGAACGCUUUUUAUUGGCGACCUCAAGCUGUCGACGCUCAAGUCGGCGCUGGCCGCGUCGCCCUUCCGCGUGCCGGCCGAAUUUGCGGGCGAGGGCAUGCUUGUGUGUGCGCCCGCCUCUUCCACCGCACCCGACGCUGUCACCGUGCAGAAACACGCAAAGGGCAAGAUCGUGAUCGAGGGAAACGUGACGCGCAACUUCCGCACCGUGCGCAACGCGGUAUACGCGCUGCACGCCAGCGUCGCCUCCAGUGCGCCCGUAGACGCAGCGUCGAAGUGA